AUGCUGUCUUGCGGCUACGAAACCAGCGAUGAAGAGAAGACCGGCAGCGACAGCGACGGCAGCCCACAGGAAGACUCCGAGGACAAUGAAGAGCUGUCCGCCUGGGAGAAGGAGCUGGCUGUGAAGGCGCUCGACAAGCGCCUGCGAAAGCUGUCGUACUUGCGUACCAACCAUGCCAUCCACAAGUACUUCCGCCAGUAUGCAAAAGUAACAAGUGACGGCAGCAAGGCAGUCACACCGGCGCAGGUUGUCCAGAUGGCACCGGAGGUGGCACGCUACUUGGAAGUCCCAGAGGCAGCAUUCAGCCAGGUCUAUCAGAUUUGCCAGCGCUUCGACUUCGACGGAGGCGGCGCGCUGAACAAGAAGCAGUGUACAGCAAUGUUCAGGACCAUCCUCAGGCAGAAAAGAAAGGAGUGGGGUGGCACGAAGCUGGCCGGCGACGUGCCCUAUAGGGGGUUGCGCGAAGCCGGCUACACGGUUGACCGGGAGCUUGGCCGCGGUGGCCAAGGCGUCAUGUACCUCUGUACGUUUGGGGAUUCGGAGCGGUAUUGCGUCAAGUUUUACAGCAAGGAGGACGGUGACCAGGAUGAGCUGGAGACAAUCAUGACUGAGUAUGCCUUGAUGACAGAAUUGAGUCACCCGAACAUCGCGAAGACGUACGAGGUCUUCCAGGACAGCAAAUUCUUUUAUCUGGUGAACGAGCCCUACUUCGGGGGAGACUUGACGAAGGUUGCAAAACGGGCUCACGAUCAGUCUGUUUGGAUGGGUGAGAACUGGUUCAGAGGCAUCUUUCGGCAGUGCCUCGAAGGCCUGCAGUUUCUUCACAGCCAAGCAGUCAUGCAUUGCGACAUUAAGGAGGAGAACAUCAUGGUGGUGGCAUCUGAUCUAGAGUAUCCCCGCAUCGUGCUGAUUGACUUCGGCCUUGCGAUUGCAUUCUCCUCGGCGCCCGACGGCUGUGCUGGGACACCAGGAUAUAUACCCCCAGAGACGUGGACGACCUCGUGGUGGUAUCCUCGUGGGGACAUCUUCAGCUUGGGCAUUACCAUUUUCCAGAUGAUGAUUGGGCAGGUCCCAAACGACGACGUUCUAGGUGUCUUGCAAACCGAAGGUGAGCGAGAGGAGGACAAGGCCGCCGGACUGGCGCUGCAGCUGCCUUGGAAACGCUUCCCAUCAAGCAUGCGAGAGCUGGAGGAGCUUGUGGCUGGCAUGGUUCACAGGGACAUGACGUGCAGACCAAGCGCAACAGCUGCGUUGAACCACGCUUGGUUUACAACGUCAGACAGUGAUGAGGGCCUUCCAGCUGAGACGAUAUCAGCUCUUGUAGGAAGCUCUGCAGCAGAAUGCUUGCGUGAGCAGGUUGUGUAUGAACUGGCCUUCAAGAACAACUUGAAGGAGCUUCGCAGCCUGUACGCGGAACUCCAGGAGAUGGACGGCAACAACCGGGGCAAAGUACCCAAGGAGGUUGCACUUCCACUCUUCGCGAGACAUAAUGUGAGGGCAGGCAGGGCGCACGCGUAUGCGGAGCACGCGGCAGAUGCCAACGAUGAGGUUGAGUACCUGUCCGUGGCCAAAGAGAUCCUCAAGAUAAAAGAGCGCUACACUGUGCAGUUUCUUCAGGACUUGUUCCAGGAGUUGGACACAGACAGCCAAGGGCGUCUUUCGACAGGUCAGGUUCGGCAGUUGUUGAGCAGCAGCGCAGUCGAGUGUGAUGGAGACGACAUGGAAGAAAUAUUUGACGAAGUGCCGUUUGACGGCGAAGGCUUCGUUUCGUUCCGCACAUUCAGAGACACGAUGCUUGCGGAUGGCCGAAUUGCUCGACGGUCACGUGUGGAGCAGUACAUUUGCGCGCCUGAGUGCCCAAUGCUUUGUGCCACAAUGUGA